AAGAGCACCGGUCUGGGCCACAUUGAUAUUAUAUUUCGUAUGAAUAGUAUUAUAAAUCUAUACCAGAGAAAAUAAGUGUACGGAUUCGAUCAUAUGAAGAACAAUCCAUUCUUUCUGUUUUGCAAAUUCUUUCUAGUACUUCAUUUCAUUUAAUGAAUUUUUCUGAUUAUGUGCUUGAUAAGACUCAGAAAGCACACUCUAAUUUUUUUUCCAGAAGGGUAAGUAAAUUAAUCUUGAAGCUAUAUAUAAAUGGCGUAUAUAUCUAUGGAAGGGGCGACGUGCUUGCACCACACAUAUUUUCUGUUGAAUGGUUGGAAGUCAUUUUCUUUUUCCCAACUCCCAAAUCUCCACAUUCUUGUUUCCUUUCUAAUUAAUUUUUCAUUAAUUAACUCAUCAUCGGUCAUGUACAUACGAAGCAUAUCCAGCGUACAAAUAGACGAAUUUUUUUAUCAUCCAUUAUAAAAUACAAUGAAGUUUCGAAGGUCCAACUCGACUCCCCCCCACCUAAAAGAUUCUUUCGUGAAUUAAUCAUUUCAUCGUUUUUCUUUUUUGAGAAAAUCAUUCCAUCUUUUGUCGUGUUUAUUUGUCAAAUUAUGCUCAACAACUGUUUACGUAAACAAUCAUGGAGUUGAUUAUAAACGAAAAUUGUAUAUAAAAAUGUUCAAGAACGUAACCAUCUGUUACCAACUCUUGAACAAUAAAUUAACAACUUGAGUUGAAAGCAAGAAACUGCUCGUCCAUCAUCUUCCCUUGUCGAGCUUCUUCAUAUCCUCAAGUUUACUCCAAAAAUCUGCAAGAUAGACAAAAACAAAAUAAAACUGGAAAACCAAGAAAUUGGAUGGUUCAAUUUGUACAACAAUGCCAUCUAUUUUACGACCACCGAGGAACACGAUAUGCGGAUCAUGCUACGAAGGUGCUCGAACCACUAUCGCACUGCUCAAGAAGCUUGAUGGCUCGAAAGAAGAUAAUGGCAAAUUGACCGAUAAGUCCACCUUCAACAAUGGCUCCGCUCUUUCUUCUCCUUUGUUUUCUUGUGAGGUACUUCAUUAUGUACGCUCACUUAGGUUUUCAGUAAGCUGCCUGUCAAAGUUUUUAUAUGUCAAUUAUAUUACAUGAAUUUUUAUUAUAUUCCAGUCGCAACCACUUGAGAAGGUGAUCAAGUAGAUGGAAAAUAUAAAAGAAAUUGAAGACGAGCAGAAGAAGAGAAUAGUUUUCUUCAGCAGCUUUGUUUCGGGAUUCAAAGAAAGGCUUCAUGCUGAUAUACUUUUAUACCCCGGCGAUGACGGACGAUACAUGCACAUACAGCUUUUGUUGGUAAAUUUACUGAUCUCUACUUUAUUUUCUUAUAUAUAAAUAUGGCGAAUAUUUUCCUUUUUGGGGUUUGUGGUUCUUUUCUACAUUAUGUUCCAUUCACAUGAAACCAUAAUUUAUAGAGUUUUUCUAAAAAUAAAUUACUUCGUUUUAUGUGGUUGUUUUAAAUUAAAAAUCGAUAUACUGUAUUGAUUUUCUUAAAAUUAAUUUAUAAAAGAAGAAUAAAAGAAAUUUGUAACAUGUAAAACAUAAAAUAAUGCAACCGUUCAAAGUUAUUUUUCAAUCGAGACUUACUUAUUCGACUCUAUAUGAUAAUAUUUUGUCCUUUGUGUUUAUAUAAUCAGUGAUCUUCAAGAAAAUUCUAGAUUCAGACGAAUACAAAACCGCCACAGAAUACGCGAUAACGCUCCAAGAACUAAAGUCAGAGGAACUUCAAGCUCUCUUGGGUGGAGUUUCUAUACACCGGCACAUUGCUUCAGACAAGUUGGAGAAACAUGUAUAUACUUUGUUUGUUGCAGCUGAUAGGUACACGAUUCAUUACUUGUAAGAGUUCGGCGAGAAACAUAUGCUUAGUUCCUUGGAAACCACUAGUGUUCUUGAUGUCUCGGAUCUUGGUUCGAGCAAGACGCUGAAGGAAGCUGCUCUAGGGUUUGUGGUACGGAACAUGGACGUCCUCGUUUUCAAAGACAUUUUUUCAAGAAUUCUCAAAAGUUCUAUUACGAAAAAUGGUUAUGGCCCCCAAUUGGCCCGUUAGAGAAAGUAAAGAGAACCCAACCUCAAUUGGUCCAUUAUAGAAAGAAAAGAGAACCCAAUUGGACCAUUCUAUUUCGUUUUGUAAGGGAUUAACAUUCCUACUUAGGAUUAGCAAACUGUCUCUAUUUAUAUAAUGGUGAUCUACUCGAGUUUUCUUUGAUCAUACUAUUGCCUAACUAAAUUUAAACCUAUUUGUUUUAUUCUCUCUCAAUCGUCUGCUUGUUUUCUUAAGAAACUAAAGCUAUGGCCGAUCAGCAAAGAAACAUGGAUCUUUUCCAUGAUGGUCUAGCGAAGAUCUUUAAAGAACAAUGGCACCCCGAUGUACUGUGUUUAGCUGGCGAGGAUGAUCACGAAGAUCCUAUCCCCGCCAAUAAAGUUAUUUUGGGAGCAAGAUCAGACGAACUCAGAGAGCUUUUUGAUGGUGAUGGUAAAGAGAUUGAGACGGUCAUUCUCUACGGAAUGAACCAUGAAGCGCUAGAGGUUUUUAUCGAGUUCAUGUACGUUGGAAAUUCCAUACAGUACUCCGAGAAGUUGAAGAAGCAUGCAAGGUCGUUAUACUUUGCAGCUAAUUUGUACAGCAUCCCCUUAUUACGAGAUCUAUGUAGGUGCCAACUUAUGUCUUCACUUAACAUUGGGAAUGCUCUUGAUAUUUUGGAAAUCUCGAAAGACGAUCCUCGUGAGAAAACCCUCCACGAUGAAGCUCGGUGUUAUGUCAUACGUCACAUGAAGGAGAUUGCUUUUACUAGAGAGUUUAAUUUGUUCGUGAAGAGAAACACAAGUUUAACCGUGGAGCUAAUUAGGGUUCUUGCAAUAAGAGGGGAUAGAACAUACCCCAAAAGAUAAGAAUAAGAAUUUACUGGUCUGCUACGUAUAAUUUAGUCGUCAAGAGCUUUAAUGAGGGUCGUUUGCUACCUUUGAAAGUUUCAGUCAAAAAACUUUUUUUUGUUAAUUUUUUUUUCAAUGCUCGAAAUAUGAAUGCAAAACUUAGGAGAUGUUUACUGGUUCUAAUCUCAUGUUCACCAUUAUUUAUACCUGGAGUUUUUUCUAAAAUUUUAAAACAUUAAGUUAUUUUACAUUGUAAAAUAUUAAAUAGAUGAUUUUACAACCAAUAAUUUAUGUGAGAAUUCAUCUAACGAUUUUAUUUGCAUUAUCUUAAGAUUUUUUUAAUCUACAUAAUUAUUAAUAAAUCAUUAUUUUCAAAAAUCAAAAUAUAAACUCUUGGCAUAUAGCAUUAAUGAAUUUUCAUUCCAACCAAUGAAAUAAAAGACAUUCACGGAAUUUUUCUAGUCAAUCCAAAAAAAUAAAGCAAAAAUUAAGAUAGCAUAAUUUAAUACUAAGUUGAUUUUUUAUAGACCAAUUGGAAAAAAAUGAUUAAAUAAUAUAUUUUCUAAUCAUUGAUAACAAUGGAUGAGUCUACGAAAUACAAUUUUUCACAAAACAAAAAAAAGAGAAUAACCAGUUAUAAAUUAUCUGAUGAUUAUCAAUUAGUUAUUGCGACCAAUAACAACAACAGUUUAUUCAAGUUGUCUAGUUUAUUCAACUUGUCUAGUUUUCCUAUUAAUUAGGAUUCUUAUUUUCAAAACCUUGUAGAUAAAUGAAACUCUAACCCUAUUUAUAUUAGUUUUUGUUGAUUGCUUGUCUGCAAAAACAAAGGACAUGACAACGCAAACAAACUUAGAAGUUUUCGCCCAUGGACUAGUGAAAGUUUUCAAAGAACAAUGGGGAGUCGAUGUAUGGCUCAAGCCCGGCCACAACAAUGAUGGUGACGAACUCAUCGCUGCCCACAAAAUUAUUCUGGUAUGUGAAUAUCUUAAAUCUUCAUUCUUAUUUAAACGUACGACCAACGAAUUUUUGAUGAUAUUAUAGGCAGCAAGAUCAAAGGUGUUUGCGACCAUGUUUGAAUCUGACAAAAUAAAGAACUGGACUGUUCACGAGACAAUAACUCUCUCCGAUCUUAAACGUGAAGAGUUAGAGGUUUUUGUCGAGUUUUGUUACGCUGGAGAGUGCAUGCCUUCCGAGAAGCUGAAGAAACAUGCAAUGUCCCUGUACCGUGCUGCUGAAAAAUACGAGAUUCCUUAUUUACGGGAUCUAUGUAGAAACCAUAUUAUGUCAUCUAUAAACGCUUCAAACGCUGUUGAAAUUCUAGAGCUCUCAAGACUACCUUUCGACAAAACCCUCUGCGAAUUUGCUAACAAUUAUAUCGACUUUCACUCGAGUAUGAUUUUCCCUUUAGGUAGGUUUAGAACUUAAGGAAAGAAUCGAACCCAAAUCUCCUCAUAGAGAUAACAAAGCAAUGUUUGCUUCCAUUGUUCCCUCAUAUUUAAUUGGUUCAUCUCAUUUAUCAUUCAUGUAUUAGCCGUGCUAUGGUUACUUUCCAUUAAUGUUGUAAACCAGAAUACUAAACAAGAUUACUUUUUUGUUCAUCGGCAUAAUAUUAAUAAAAUUUAAUAUAUAAUAAUAUAUCAAUAUAAUAUUAUUAUUUUGAGCAAAUUAAUAUAAUACUAUUAACCACAAAAAAUAGAACAUAAGAUAAAAUUUUGUUUUAUUUACAAAAUAUAAUUAAGUAUUUGAAAUUUUCUAUUUUAUUUUUAAUUUACAUUGCCAUGAAAAAAAAUUAUAUGAUUUUUUAAGCCAAAUUAGCACUUUGGUUAAAAGUUAAUAAAUAAGUAAAUAACGAUUAUUAUAGAAUUAAUUUUUAAAUAUAUUAGAAAAGAAAAA